AUAAAACAUUCUCUUAAUAAAUACUCUUUGUAUCUCAAGUCAACAAUAUAAUGCUUAUUAAAAAUUUGAACAAAAUUGAAGAUGAAUAGCGAUAGAUAUGCCGCCGAGAAGGUUGAGGUUUAUCCAAUUGGAGACUGGAAGAAGCUGAAGCUGCUCAUGUGGAAGAAUUGGAUCCUGCAAAGGAAUCAAAAGCUACAGCUCUUCCUAGCUGUUUCUGCGCCAGCACUAUUCCUUAUGCUGGUUGUGGGGCUGAGGGUAUUGGUCGCACCCCAUGUUAUGCCAAAACUUAUUUACGAGCCGGUGUCCAUAUCAAACCUGCAGCUGUUCAUGAAGUCCUUCAUGAAAGGAAAUCAGAUUUUGCACCAAAAUGGUACCUUAAACAUACCCAAAUUGGUCCUCUGCUAUACGCCCGACGACGACGUGUACGCGACCAUAAUUAGGAGGACGGUACAGAAUCUGCGCCUGAUGGCCUAUCGACCGUACGAUUCGCGCCACAGUAUGGAGUUGGACAUGGUGGAGCACAACUUUUUUGCUGGAGUUCAGUUCGAGGAUAGGAACAAUCUGAAACUGAACGAAAAAGGAUAUCCCCUCAAACUGAACUACACGAUACGAUUCCCCAGCGAACUGAGAACGAUGCGAGGUCCUAUCAUAGAUACUUGGCGAACGGAUACCAAGUUCACGCGCUUUAAUACGAGAGGAGCGCGCAAUUGGAAUGAAAGUGACGGUGGUGUCCCUGCGGGCUACAUCAUGGAAGGCUUCCUGCCGGUCCAGCACAUUCUCACGAUGUCCUGGAUGACCCUGGCCUCGGGCAAGGAGCUAAUGGAUAUGCCGCAAAUCUGGCUUCGCCGUUUCCCCUAUCCGGCCGGCGUAAGCGACCCACUUUUAAUGGGUCUGCGACGACUCCUGCCGUUCAUUAUUAUGCUGAGCUUUAUAUAUCCUAGCACCGUGGUCGCCAGAGCCGUAACCAACGAAAAGGAGCUGCAGUUGAAGGAGAUCAUGAAGCUAAUUGGCGUCAACAACUGGAUCCAUUGGGUGGCGUGGUUCGUGAAGAGCUACCUGCUGCUGAUGGCAGUGUUGGCUGUCACAUUGAUAGUGUUGUUUACAAGAUUUAAGGCCGACUGUGCAGUCUUCAAUUACUCGCAAGUACUGCCGGUUUUCAUGUUCUUCCAUUGCUACAUCUUUUCGGGCAUAUGCUUCUGCUUCAUGAUCGCCGUUCUCUUCUCCAGAGCGAGCACGGCUUCAGCCGUCGUGGCUAUCACCUGGUUCCUCACCUUCACACCCUACACCAUUGCCAAUAACUACUACGAUAGCAUAGGACUCCCCACGGCGCUGUUACUGUGCUUCUUGUUGUGCAACACGUCGCUGGGCUUCGGCCUGCACAUUAUCCUGGACUGGGAGGCCACGGGCGAUGGCUUGACCACUCACACCAUGUUCCAGCCCCUGACCCAGGACCACCCACUCACCAUCUACCUGGUUAUGCUGAUGCUGACCCUGAGUGGCGUCAUGUAUCUCACCAUCUGCCUGUACGUGGAACAGGUGAAUCCCGGUGAGUUCGGGAUACCUCGCAAGUGGAAUUUCUGUCUCAGUCGGAAGUUUUGGUUCAAGAAACCCGAAGGGCCGCGGCGGCGUUCCGGCUCCAUACAACGUAUCCUUGACCGAGACAAGUCCCGGAGGGGCUUGCAGGCGAUUGGAGUGCGACUGAUAAACCUGGAAAAGUGCUUCGGCCACCACACCGCUGUCAGGGGCCUAAACCUUAAGAUGUAUCGCGACGAGAUCACCGUCCUUUUGGGCCACAAUGGAGCCGGCAAGACCACCACCAUCAAUAUGCUGACGGGAAUAACUCCGCCAACCAAGGGCACGGCCAUUAUAAAUGGCUACGAUAUCCGAACCCAGCUGGCAGAGGCCCGUCAGUCCAUAGGGAUUUGUCCGCAAAACAAUAUCCUUUUCAGUCACAUGAGUGUCCGUGAUCACAUUGUGUUCUUCAGCAAGCUGAAGGGAGUCCACGGAUCGGAUGCGAUCCAAAGAGAGGUGAAGAAGUAUGUCGAAAUAUUGGGCCUGGAAAAGAAGUCGAAAACAGCGUCCCGGAAUCUUUCCGGCGGAAUGAAAAGGAAGCUGGCCCUCUGCUGCGCCCUGUGCGGUGAUGCCCAGAUAGUCAUGUGCGACGAACCUAGUUCCGGCAUCGAUGCAGCUGGACGACGGAGUCUCUGGGAAUUGCUGCAGGCGGAGAAGAAGGGACGCACCAUCCUGCUGACCACCCACUACAUGGACGAGGCCGACGUUCUUGGCGAUCGGAUAGCCAUUCUGUCCGAAGGCCAGCUGCAGUGCUGUGGCACGUCCUUUCUGCUGAAGAAGCGCUAUGGUCCCGGCUACCAACUGGUCUGCAUCAUGCAAAAGGGAUGCGACGUGAAUGCAGUUACUCAUCUGAUCAAUCGUCACCUGCCCCAAAUCAAAAUCGAGCGGAUGCUGGGCUCGGAACUGACCUACCGCCUUCCCAAUAGAUACUCCCGCAAGUUUCCUCCCCUCCUUAAGGAUCUGGAUAACAAUUCGGCCGAACUGAAGCUGGACGGCUAUGGGCUGAGUGUGGCCUCCCUGGAGGAUGUCUUUAUGCAGGUGAGCCCCAGCGGCAGACUGGCAGCAGGUGAGUCCACAACCGAAUCAAUACCAGAAUCGCCAUCGUCAGUGACGAAGUCGGACGGCUUUUCGGGCCUCAUAUUUGAUUUAAGGACCAAGGAUAGCAACUCAUGCUCGCGCUGUUGCUCGCUCUGGCAGGGACUCUCGAUCAAAAAGAUCUUCAUAACCAUUCGAUUCUACUGGAUAGUGCUGGUGAUUAUACUCCUUCCCAUGCUGAUCAUUUCUUUGGCCAUUCUCAACUCCCGCGGCGGUCAGAUCUACUACGAACUGCCACCUCUGCACUUAAGCCUGAAUGGCUACAAGAGUGGAUACGUCGUACUGGAGGACAAGGCCAAGCCGCCAAUGGAUAAGGUGGUCCAAGCCUAUGUGGACCAUGUGGCCGGGUGUGGCAGCCAAUACGAGCUGUUAAAAACCGGUGAUAAAGACUUCGACAACUACAUCCUGGACAGGGACAAAAGCGAGCACUUCCAAGUGUACUACGAGACACUGGCGGGGGCCACCAUUGCCAAUGAUAACUUGACCGUGUGGCUGAACAACAACCAUCUGCACACGGCGCCCGUGACCCUGAACGUGCUGCACAAUGCCCUGGCCACCGAUUUGCUGGGGAAUGAGGCGUAUGUGGGUGUUACGAACGAACCCCUGCCGUACAGCCGGCACACCAUGUCGCAGCGACUAAACAAGGGUCAUAUUUUGGGCACCGAGGUCGCCGUUCACUUCUCCCUGACCAUGGGCCCCAUAACAGCCUUUUAUGCGAUUCCCAUCAUCCGGGAGCGCGAGUCCCGGGCCAAACUCAUCCAGUUCCUGAGCGGUGUGGAUGUGUUCGCCUACUGGUUGACCCACUUCGUCUGGGACUUUCUGACCUUCGUUGUGUCGGCCUUAUCCACCAUACUAACCCUGGCGGCGCACCAAGAGUCGGCCUUCAAGGAGUUCAACUAUCUCUGUUACAAUUUUGCGGUUAUCUUGAUAUUCGGCUGUGCCGCGUUGCCAUUAAGCUACUUCAUUUCCGGCUUCUGUUCCGACAGUGCCUCGGGCUUUAUACGAAUCGGGAUAAUGAAUAUCCUGACGGGAGCGUCCUUCUUCAUGCUUAGGGUUACGCUUUCGGUACCGGAGUUUGAACUGGAGGAUACUGGGAACAGACUUGCCUGGAUCUUCAGGAUCUUCCCCCACUUCAGUCUGGCCAGCGCCAUACAUCACCUCCACAUCGGCUAUAGUAUUCGGCGAGGCUGUAAGGUGUCCGUCGCCAAAACCUUGUUCCAGAAGUCACUUUGCAGCAAGUUGCCCAUUUGUUGCAACAUACCGGGCUAUUUCGACUGGAAGUCGCCUGGGGUUCUGCCGGAAAUCGUAUAUAUGGCCGGGGUAUCGGUUUUUCUUCUGGCGCUUCUAGUCAUAAAAGAUGCCAAGCUUCACUAUUUCAUAAACGAUCAGAUGCGCCGCGGAGUACAGUAUGCCUCGAAGAAGGCCAAGAGAAAAGUAGUGCCCGAAACCUACUUCGAGAACACGGAUGUGGACCACGAGAGGCGGUUUGUUAAAAAAGUGAAAAGUGACGAGAGGAUGAACAUACCCCUUCUGGUGGACAACAUCAGCAAGAAGUUUGGCAAAAAAUACGUGGUGAAGAACAUCACGUUCCACGUGGACAAAGCCGAGUGUUUCGGCCUUUUAGGCAUCAAUGGAGCGGGCAAGACGACCACCUUCAAGAUGCUAAGCGGCGACGAGACGAUCACCUCCGGAGAGGCCUACAUCGAGGGCAUAAGCCUGUCCAGGCACUGGUACAAGGUGUAUGGAAGGAUCGGCUACUGUCCUCAAUUCGAUGCCUUGUUUACCGAUCUGACAGGACGACAGACACUCAGGAUUUUCUGCAUGCUGCGAGGAGUCCAACGGCGCUAUAUCAGCACAAUUUCCUGGGCCCUGGCCAUUGCCUUUGGCUUCCAGCAGCACAUGAAUAAGCUGGUCAAGUACUACAGUGGCGGCAACAAGCGAAAACUGAGCGUCGCCAUUGCCGUGAUCGGAAGUCCUUCGGUUGUCUUCCUCGACGAGCCCACCAGCGGCAUGGAUCCGGGGGCGCGGCGGCAUCUCUGGAAAAUGAUCAGCAUGAUCCGGUCGGCCGGAAAGUCCAUUGUCCUCACAUCACAUAGCAUGGACGAGUGCGAAACUCUCUGCACCCGACUCGCCAUUAUGGUGGAUGGCGAGUUUAAGUGCAUCGGCUCGGUUCAGGGCCUGAAGAACAACUACUCCAAGGGCCUAAUCCUGAAGAUCAAAGUCAAGCAAAGGAAGAAGGCUCUUCAGCGAGUGAUAGAGAGCUCUUCGUCCGAAGACAUUAUGAUGGAUUCCAUUAGUAACGACGAUAGGAGUAUCUACACACCCGUCGAUGGCUCCAUCGAUACACAGUCCCAGUCCCGGUUCAGGGGAAAAUUGCAAUUGAUCAAGGACACUGACCUUGAGAGUCGAAUCCAGAACGUUAUUAUAUUUAUACGGAAUGCGAUCCCAGAUGCUGACUUCAGGGAGGAGUACAACGGCCUACUCACCUACUACAUACCGCAAGUGAAAAUAUUGCCCGAAAUAUUUCAGUUGAUUGAGAACAAUAUGAAGAAAUUGAAUAUCGAGGACUAUCUUAUUAUGCAGACUCGCUUGGAGGAGAUAUUCCUAGAGUUCGCCAUGAAUCAGCGCGCCGAAGACGCGAUUGUAAAAAGAAAAUGUUGCCGAUGAAAAUGUUUGGAAUGGAGAAUAGUUGACCAAUAUAAGCUUUUUACCAAACAAACUAUGUUGUCAUGAAUAAAAAAAUAUAUAUUUGGUAUAAUUUUCAAAAAUUUUUCAAGUUUUAAAUA